AUGCCCGAAGACUCAUAUAUACCACAAGCUAAGAAUGAUGGUGCUUUUCAAGACCUGAAGCGACGUCGAGCAAAUGAUGGUCACACAGAGUUUUCGAGGAGAGAUCGAGUGCAUGAUGUACAACCUGCAUCUAUUUAUAGCAAUGUUAAAGAGAAUAAACCUGCAUGGAUGAGAAGCGCAGAUGAGAAUAAAGAUAAGAAAUAUGAUCAGUAUGGGUCAAGAGUCGAUAAUGGUACAUUGCAACAAUCACUGGGAGUCGCAAAACAAGUACCCACUGCAUCUGCUUCAACUACCACCGUUUCAGCUAAAGUGGAAUCUUUUUCAGCUGAAAAGGCCAUAAACACAGCCAAUCCUCCUCCUCCAUCUACUACUACUACUCCUUCUUCUACUACUUCUUCCUCUUCCUCCUUCCCCUCAUCGUCAUCGCUGUACCUGAAAUACGGCAACAUUGGGUUGGGUGGUAGAGGCACUGACCCACGAAUGGAUCGGGUUAAACGAAAUAGAGAACAAUUGGAACAGAGUUUAUCGAUCCGUGAACAUCUUGCCGUUGAGGAGAAUGUAAAUGAUGAAGGAAGUCAACCCAAGGGGGAUGGAGAGGUUAAUCCCUAUUUGCACUUGGAUGUUGCUAAUCCAUCAGUCAUCCAUACGCAGCGUGACGAGGCACACUAUCGCACGUUCCAUAGCAAAAUAAGCGAUAGAGAGAAUCGAGACAUCAAUAGUAUAGUGAGACAACAUUACAACGAAAGGACGCAGCAGUCCAAGAGGCAAGGGCGAAGGACAAUGUCGCCGAUUUACAAGUUGCGGAAUUUCAAUAAUACCAUCAAGUACAUUUUGUUGGGUAAUUGGGCUAAAUACAGUUCAGCAGAAGGUAACGCACCCAAGAUAUUUUCAGUGCUUGAUUUGUGUUGUGGUAAAGGUGGUGAUUUGAACAAAUGUGAGUUUAUUGAGAUUGACCAGUAUAUUGGCAUUGAUAUUUCAGAUUUAUCGGUGCGGGAAGCAUUUAGUAGGUAUUCGAAACAAAAGGCAAGGUUCAAAUCGCACUCGGGCGCAAGAACGGCAAACAAGUACAAUUUUGAAGCAUGCUUUGCUACUGGUGAUUGCUUUACGGAAACAGUACCGGAUAUCUUGGAACCCAAUUUUCCAGGGAUUAUAGAUCAAGCAUUUCCUGUUGAUGCAGUGUCGAUACAGUUUGCGCUUCACUAUGCGUUUGAGACCGAAGAGAAGGUGCGGGCCUUGCUUGUGAAUGUUGCCAAGUCAUUGCGUGUUGGCGGCACAUUUAUUGGAACAAUUCCUUCGUCGGACUUCAUCAGAUCGAAAAUUGUAGAGAAGAAUAUUCUGAAGGAUGAGAAUGGCAAGUUCAAGUUUGGGAACUCGUUGUAUUCGGCUACAUUUGACAAAGAGCCUCCUGCCGAUGGUGUAUUCCGUCCUGCGUUUGGUAAUAGGUAUACCUACUGGUUAAAAGAUGCUGUGGACAAUGUGCCGGAAUAUGUUGUGCCAUUUGAAACUUUGAGAGCCUUGUGUGAGGAGUAUAAUAUGACACUUCGAUACAAGAAGAACUUUAUUGAUGUUUUCAAUCAAGAAAUCCCCAAGUAUUUUAGCAAAUUGAACAAGAGUUUAGUGGAAGGAUUGAAAAGAAGUGAUGGGAAAUAUGGAGCCGAAGGAGAAGAGAAAGAGGCGGUGGCGUUUUAUGUAGCUUUCGUAUUUGAAAAAGUAACUUAG